AUCAGAUUUCCCUGGUUAUUUGAAUUAUUUAUUCGCAGUAUAUAUAUAUCAUUGAUUACUCCUGCUGUGCAUUUCGGAUUUCCCCCAAUUCUCCUCCUUAACUGAGCUACUCUAUUUUUUACAACUCCCCUCAAUUCAAUCAUGCCUGCACAAACCGAAAAAUUGAUCAUUUUUGACACAAGUCUUCGCGAUGGUGAACAGUCACCUGGUGUUACCCUCAAUACAGACGAAAAGAUUCAGAUUGCAAAGCAAAUGUCCCGUCUUGGUGUUGAUGUUCUGGAAGCUGGUUUUCCUGUUGCUUCAAAGGGCGACUUUGAAGCAGUACAACGGAUUGCCCGUGAAGUCGGUCCCCUGAUGGUCGACCGCGAAAAGAUUGGCGAACCUAUGACUAUCUGUGGUCUUGCACGCGCCGUACCUACCGAUAUCAAAGAAUGUGCCGAAGCGAUUGCCGACGCUCCCCGCAAACGUAUCCAUAUCUUCCUUGCUACCUCGGACCUCCACUUGAAAUAUAAACUGAAAAUCGAUCGAGAUGAAUGUGUGAAACGCGCCGUUGCCGCUGUCACUCUGGGUAAAUCGCUGGUCGAUGAUAUUGAAUUCUCCCCUGAAGAUGCUGGUCGAUCCGAUCGUGAUUUCUUGUGCCAUGUUCUUGGUAAAGUCAUUGAAGCCGGUGCUUCUACUCUGAAUAUCCCCGAUACCGUUGGUUAUAACACCCCUGAGGAAUAUGGCGCCCUCAUCAAAUAUUUGGUGGAACACACCCCUGGCGCAGACAAGGUUCGUUUCUCUACCCAUUGUCACAACGAUCUUGGUUUGGCGACGGCCAAUACGCUGGCUGGCAUUCAGAAUGGAGCUCGUCAAGUAGAGGUGACGAUCAACGGUAUUGGUGAACGUGCGGGCAACACAGCUAUGGAAGAAGUGGUCAUGGCAAUCCAUACCCAUCCCAACUAUUUCCCUGUCCAUCACACCAUCAAUACACAGCUCAUUUAUCAAACCUCGCGCAUGGUCUCGGAACUGUCCGGUAUGAUGGUCCAACCCAACAAGGCCAUUGUAGGUCGCAAUGCUUUCCUUCAUGAAUCCGGUAUCCAUCAAGACGGUGUGCUCAAGAACCGACAAACCUAUGAGAUCAUUACACCGGAAACUGUCGGUGUUACGGAUAUCGCUCUUGUUCUUGGUAAACAUUCUGGCCGUAAUGCCUUCCGUGAACGAUGCAAGGAGCUUGGUUACGGUCAUUUGGCGGAAACCGAGUUCCAAAAGGCCUUUGAAGAUUUCAAAGCUCUCUGUGACCAGACCAAGAACGUCAACGAUGCCCAUAUUCUCUCUAUUCUCAGCACCAUCAUCCCAUGCCCUUAGAUUAUAUCACUCUCUCCCUUUCUCUCCUAGAUGAAUACCUCAAAAAGCUUUGGAAGCCUUAAAGUCCUGAAAGCAGACUAUCAGUUUGUAAAUGUACGCCAUUGUACAAAUUUUUUUUAAAUAUACAUCAUCACGUCCGAAUUGUACACACCCG